AUGAAGCAAGGUUCAUUGGCUCAGGGAGACAGCGCCAUUACGCCUGUCUCUGAAGUUCCUGUCGAGCAUCGAGAGGGCGACAAGGAGACCCAUGAAUACGCCGGUAUGACGGCAACCUACGUCGAUGAGAAGAAAAGCAGGGAGCUGUUCUGGAUCAUCAACCGUCGCAUUCUAGCCUGUAUGCUGGGCACCUACUUCUGCCAAUCUCUCGAUAAGGGCACUCUUGGCUUUGCGUCUGUGAUGAACAUCAGACAAGAUGCCGGUCUCACGCACAACAACCAAUUCAGCUGGCUCGGCACCAUCCUCUACAUGGGCGUGUUGGUUGGAGAGUAUCCGACCAACAUGUUGCUGCAGAAGUUUCCGGUUGCCAAAUAUCUCUCCGUCAACGUCUUCUGCUGGGGCGUGGUCAUUGCCUGCUCUGCCGCCGCCAAGAACUUUGCCGGUCUGAUGGUUGUUCGGUUUCUGCUCGGAGUCUUUGAAAGCUGUGUCCAACCCGCCUUCAUCAUCAUGACUUCGAUGUGGUACACCAAGAGAGAACAGUCCAUUCUCACUUCGCUUUGGUACUGCAUGACUGGUGUUCAGUUGAUGGUCGGUGGUCUCAUCGCAUACGGCGCGUCGCACUACAACGGCCACGACAUCAAGUCAUGGCAGCUGCUUUUCCUCGUCCUGGGCGCCGCAACCUGCGUCUGGGGCUUGUUCAUCGGGUGGUGGCUCCCCGACUCACCCAUGGCCGCGAAGUGCUUCGACGAGGACCAGAAGCGCCUGAUGAUCGAGCGUGUCCGCGCCAACGAGACCGGCAUCCAGAACAAGACGUACAAGCGCUACCAAAUGGUCGAGGCCGUGACCGACCCUGUGGUCUGGUGCUACGUGCUGCUCCAGGUCACUUCAACCUUGAUCAUCGGCGGGCUGGGCGUCUUCUCCAACUUGAUCAUCUCCUCGUUCGGCUUCACCUAUCUCCAGACACAACUACUGAAUAUCGCUCAGGGAGCGGUCACAAUCAUCGUCAUGCUCGGUAGCGCAACGCUGGCGACCUGGUCGAAACAGACUGCUUGGGUUAUGCACGCUUGGACAAUCCCCGCUAUCAUUGGCACAGCGGUAAUCUACAGCAUCCCGCCCUCCGGGUCUAACCGCAUCGGCCUCCUGAUCGCCUUCUACUGCACCCAAUUCUACCUCGCCGAGGGCAACCUCAUCUUCUCUCUCAUCUCCCGCAACAUCGCCGGCCAGACCAAGAAAUCCACCACCCUGGCCAUGACGUUCAUCGGCUGGGCCGCGGGCAACAUGACGGCGCCCCAGAUCUUCCAGGACAGCGACGCGCCGCGCUACCGCAAGGGCUUCACGGCCCAUUUCUGCCUCUACGUCCUCUUCAACCUGUUCCUCGUUCUGAUGCGGUUCCUGCUUGUCCGUCGCAACAUGGUCAAGCGCACGGCUGCCGCUGCUGCUGCAGACCCGUCGAGCAUGGCCGGCGAGGAGAUUUCCGAGGAUGGCAAGGCUGGUGUCAAGGGGCAUGGGGGCGAGGACGAGAAGAUUGAGCAUUCGAACGCUUUUGCGGACUUGACGGAUAAGGAGAACCCCGAUUUCAGAUAUGACUUUUGA